UCCCGCGAGUCAAAAAAACGGCCGAUACCUGCCGACAUUUCAAGACAGCUCGCGAUAAGACAACUUCUUAAUCAGGGACAUCAACAUAUCGUACCUGCUCCUGCAAAGGAGCUUAGCAAGUCAACAUGGUUGUUGCAACAAUCAAGUGCGUGGUUGUUGGUGAUGGUGCUGUUGGCAAGACUUGCUUGCUCAUCAGCUACACAACCAACAAGUUCCCUUCGGAAUAUGUACCCACGGUAUUCGACAACUAUGCAGUCACGGUUAUGAUAGGAGAUGAGCCCUACACUCUUGGAUUAUUCGAUACCGCCGGUCAAGAAGAUUACGAUCGUCUACGACCCCUAUCAUAUCCGCAAACCGACGUCUUCUUGGUGUGCUUCAGCGUUACAUCGCCCGCCUCCUUCGAGAACGUCCGGGAGAAGUGGUUCCCCGAGGUUCAUCACCACUGCCCUGGCGUACCUUGCCUCAUCGUUGGCACCCAGACAGAUUUGAGAGAUGACGCCAGUGUCCGGGAGAAGCUUGCCAAGCAGAAGAUGCAGCCGGUGCGCAAGGAAGAUGGAGAACGAAUGGCCAAGGAACUCGGUGCGGUCAAGUACGUAGAGUGCAGCGCUCUCACUCAGUAUAAGCUGAAGGACGUAUUCGACGAGGCCAUCGUCGCAGCACUAGAGCCCCCGGCACCGAAGAAGAAGCCUCAUAAGUGCUUAAUUCUAUAAUGUCGUUUAAUUGGACAAGCCAUAGGCAUUUCCUCCUUCAUUCCUUCAGCAUCACUACAGGCUGCAACAACAAGCUCCAAUGAGCAUUGGAAGGCGUAAGGAUAUGUCAUUUUGGACCUUUUCCACGACAUCUGCAUUUCUCGUAAUAGGCGAUUUUUUAGACAUGUGCGCUUGUGAUAGCACAAGUGGAUAGGAUUCAGAAUGAAUCAACUACGCGCG